UGUGGCUUAAUGCGCCAUAAAUACAGCUGGUGAUCAGGCUCACGUUCAGUGCGCCCGAGACUGUCUCAAAAAAACGCGUUGUCUCCAAGUCUGUAAGGAAACAGAAUUUCAUCGCAAUCCUGCAGUCCGGUAGAACUCAUACGCAGGUUACGUGAAUUGCAAAUCCAUAAUUAUGAGUCUUAAGAAAGUUUUCUGCCUGCUUGUGUUCGUCACAGGCGCCAUGGCAGUUGAGUGUCCCGCUGGCUAUGAGGUCGUUGGGUCCAAGUGCAUCCACCGCCAUCUUGGAGGUAACCUCACGCACGACGACGCGGUGGCUUACUGCUACCAGAACUUCGGCAGGCUGCCCGUGCUGCACGACUGCGCUUCCUUCAUUGAUGUUGCUACUUAUGUCGACGAUGGAUACUCAGCGGACGCCAUCAACGGCUACUGGCUGGGCGCCACCAACUCGUCGGCUAACGGCGUCUGGCAGUGGAACGACGGCACCGCAGUGCAGAUGGGCGCUCCGUUCUGGGCGGUCAAUAUUGCAGCAGAUGGGAAGACAGAGCCCAACAAUGCUCUUAGGGGUGAAAACUGCGCCAUGAUAGGCGCCACCAGGGGCUGGCUGCUCAAUGACUUGAGUUGUACCAAAUCAGGCUUCGUAGUUUACGCUGUGUGCUCAAGAACUCCAACGGAUGGAUUGUGCGCCACUCCGUACGUCUUGUUGGGCACACAAUGCAUUCACUUACUUCUGACUGAUUAUAAUAGCUGGAGCGAUGCGCGCACCUCGUGUGGAGCGACUGGAGGAGAUCUAAUAAUUCUAGAUGACUGCGACCAGUACAGCAAGGUUACCUCCUACCUCAACGAUCAAGGCUACAGCCCUGAUGGAUAUUGGAUCGGUGGCUCCGAUGAGGCAUUGGAAGGGCAAUGGCGCUGGAUUGACGGUUCUACAAUGGCAAUGGGACUGCCAUACUGGGCAAAUACCGGCGCCGGAAUUCAAGAGCCCGACAGCCCCGGCGUGGAGAACUGCCUGGAGCUGAGCUCCCUGUGGAUGUACCGCUUCUCCAACACACUGUGCUCCAACACGCGACGUGUGAUCUGCGAGGCGCAGCCUCUCUAGAUCUGCGAGGCGCAGCCUCUCUAGAUCUGCGAGGCGCAGCCUCUCUAGAUCUGUGAGGCGCAGCCUCUCUAGAUCUGCGAGGCGCAGCCUAUAUAGAGGUAGAUUUUCGUAUAGCAAGGACAAACAAACUGCAAUAGCCUGCGAUUUUCUCCGUAAAAGAUUGCUCGUAUUUAUAGGCCUACACUUCUACUUCCUUCAAGAAUAUUCAAGGAUUGACGUGUUCACAAAAAUUUUUAUUGUCAGCGAAAAAAAUGUGAAUGAUCAAUAAUUACUGAAAAAAUGCUACUAUAAUUAUAAGACGUGUUAAGAAACUUACAAUGAUGAAUAUCAUAUUUUUGAUAUUCAUCAAAAAUUAUGAUAUUCAUCUUUUCUUUAUCAUAUCCAUUCAUACAUUUUGCAGUUUAUAGGUCGAGGACAAAUAAAGAAUUUUUGAUUGUGGUUUGUCCAUUUCUUCAUCAUGUUGUUUUCUAUAAAGAAUGCGACAACAUUAUUCAACAUAUUCAACACUAUUUAACAUAAUAACAUGCAAAUAUUCGCAAAACAAAUUGCCAAUUUUCUAGAAAAGCUUGUGGGCUGCAAACACGGAACCAUUUAUAUACGUUUUUUUAUAGCCGUGCGGGCAAACAGUAAAGUGACCUCUUAAGAAGAUUGCUACCAAGAAAAUAAAUCUGCAACAGCUGACUAUAUUCCGUUAGGCUUAUAAUCUAUUAGGUUUUACAGUUUAUGAUAACUUAAUUAAAUAUGAAACCCCUUUCGAAAUCCAAUUGCUGUUCCAACAUAAGAUCGUAGGAUUAGGGAAUAGAUGUCUAAACUUGGAUAUCCAAGAAGUGUAUUUUCCAUUCAGUUUUUAUGUCCAUGAGGCA